AUUGUAAAAUUAAUGAUAUUGAAUAUUUGAUUGAAUAUAUGCUCCGAUCGGUCGGUUAUAGAUCGAUCAGUCGAGUGAUGGAACCAAACAGCAAAACGAAAAACGAAAGAGUAGAUCAUCUUUGAUUAAUUGAUUGAGUAGACGACGAUGGCAGAACCCACAACAGAGGAGAUGAUCUUGUCAUUAUCUCCAGUGAAGCUCCACAAACUACCCCACCUGACCGACUAUCUCUCACGACUCCCCACCCACACCAACCCACUCCAACACAACCCCUUCUACCACCCAUCCGACGGGUUCUACAUAACCCCAUCCGAUGUCAUCCUCCGCCAGAUUGUCUACGACCUCGCCGCCUCCGGCGCCGCCUCCGCUCAUCCCGCCUCGGCUUACCAUCGCGCCGGCCCACGACGGCACAUCUUGUUUGAGCCGUCGAGCAUCAGGGCGGCUAUUGUGACAUGCGGUGGGCUGUGCCCGGGCAUGAACACGGUGGUGAGAGAGCUGGUUCUUGGCCUCUGGGACCUCUACGGAGUCCGUCAGAUUUUUGGUAUCAAGGCUGGCUAUCGUGGAUUUUACUCAAUGGAUCCCAUCCCGCUUAACCCAAAGCUCGUCGACCACUGGCACAAGAAUGGCGGCACUGUCCUUGAGACCUCCAGAGGUGGUUUUCAUCUUCAAAACAUUGUCGAUGCCAUCCAACAUCGCGGCUAUAAUCAGGUGUACAUUAUAGGUGGAGAUGGCACAAUGCGGGGGGCAGUUGAGAUAUUUCAUGAGAUUUGUAAGCGAAAACUGCACAUUGCGGUUACUGGGAUUCCAAAAACAGUUGACAAUGAUGUUGGCAUCAUUGACAGAUCUUUCGGAUUCCAGACAGCAGUAGAAAUGGCCCAGCAGGCAAUCAGUGCAGCUCAUGUGGAGGCUGAAAGUGCAGUGAAUGGAAUAGGCUUGGUCAAGUUGAUGGGUCGAAGUACAGGCCACAUUGCUCUCCAUGCAACAUUGAGCAGCCGAGACGUGGACUGCUGCCUAAUCCCAGAAACUGAGUUUUACCUGGAAGGAAAAGGAGGGCUUUUUGAAUUCCUUGAGCAGCGACUGAGGGAAAAUGGACAUGCAGUGUUAGUUGUGGCUGAAGGAGCGGGACAGGACAUAAUUCCAAGGAACGAGGCUCAGAAACAGGAGAGGGAUGAAUCUGGGAACCCAGUGUUCCUAGAUGUUGGCCAAUGGUUGAAGUCGGAGCUCAAGAAUUGGUGGAGCAGGGAUCACCCCAGUGAGCUCUUCACAGUCAAGUACAUAGAUCCUACAUACAUGAUACGGGCCGUCCCUGCAAAUGCUACGGAUAACUUGUACUGUACACUUCUUGCCCAUUCAGCCAUUCAUGGAGUGAUGGCUGGUUACACUGGAUUCGUCCCUGGCCCUGUCAAUGGCAACUAUGCUUACAUUCCAGUUGAAGAGGUAGCAAAGGCUAAGAAUGAGGUCAACACGAGAGACCACCAAUGGGCGUGGGUAAGGUCCGUCACAAACCAGCCUGAUUUUAUGAGGACUUGACUGAUCCCAUCAAUUGGAUGCAUAGGGGAGUUCAAUUCGAUCUUUUCCCAUCUCUAGCCGAGUAAGCCAGCUACGCUUUUCACAUCACUGUCUUAAUUACUAGAUAAGACUAGUUGCGAGUUGUGACAACAAUUUUCAAGCAUGUCUUGUUAAGCAUUAUCUGCAAAUUAAAGACUCAUCAUAAUAGUUUUGGUGAUGAUCGAAUAAGCUAGCUUUGCAUGCGAUAUAGUUUUAAAUACUCAGUGCGCAUAGAUGCACGGUCAAUUGUGUAUGAUUGAUCUUUCUUAAGAAUAAGGUGGCGUUUUCACAGUUUGUAACUUUAUAUAUAAUAAUAUAGAGAUCAGAUUUUAUUUCA